AUGGCUCCUGAUCGAUUUGAAGGCAUAGACGGUCCAGUCACGACCGUACUAAUGAAUGUUGAAGAACACGCUUCCUAUAGCUUCAGGAGCCCUAUGCUUCUUUUGGAGGCACUUCAGUUCCCCGGAUCUUUUGUGAGAUGGAAUGACUCCAAGGACAACAGGGGGUUACGAGUAGUCGGAGAACAUGUCAUCGGCCUUGCAGCUGCCGCAGGGGAAUACAGGCAUAGUGGUCUAACUGACCCUCGUGACGAUAAAUGGCUCAUGGAAGUAGUAUGGGAGCGUGGGGCGGAGAUGGGAUUGUUCCUCCUAAUGGGAACUGGCGGUCGUGAAGUUCGCGAACACACAGGUAUGGAGUCGUUUUUUCUCGUCACCACGGCAAUUAUCAGGGCUAUGUACAUAGACGGCGGCAUGGAAGCUGUCGCAAGCGUUCUGCGAAGCUAUGUUGACUAUAUGGCUCAGAUGGAUCUGGGUCACGAACAUGGAUGA